AUGAUUUCGUGUCGCCUGGCAGCAGGGUUUCUACGAAUACGUUCACAAAUACACGCUGAACUCCGAUUUUUAUCUGUGUGCGAUGUAACACGGUGCAAUUCGCGUACGCAAAGCCCAUACACGAACCGGCGUAGUCAGGAAUGUCGUCGGCGUUUCCACAUUUCUCCCAGCGUUCGAUUGAUAAACUCAUUUUGCUCGGCGAGACAAUGUCAUGCCAUCAGCGCCGAUGCACUCGAUGGCUGUAAAAACUGCGGCGAUGUAUUGCAAUGGAUAAACAACCAGCUUUCAACAACACCCAAGAACGCUGCCCAGGCCUUCCGUAAGCUAGUGACCAUUUACAGCCACAAAGCUUCGAAAACAGAAAUCAUGAACAGUAGCUUCUUUGAAGAACUCGGCGAAAUUCUCAUGUCCUGGGAUGUUACUUUGAAUUCGGAAACCAUACGGCUGGCCCUCGAAGGGGCAACGUUCGCAGAUAAACAGCAUCAGUUAGUUUCAUAUUUCUGUGACAUGGCUGAGAAAACUCUGUCGAAUACUACUAAGUUGAUAAAUGUACGCGACAUUUGCAACAUGUGCAGUCUAGUGAAUGCGAUACAUGGAACAGUCCCGCUGUCUUUGUUGAUGAUAAGUUUAGAAAUUAUAAUGUCGCGUUUCGAUACCUGGGAGAUAUCUGAUGCAAUCCAGGUCUUUGAAUUUCUACGGUUAUCUAAUGUACCAGGGAAGUCUGAAAUUUUACUCAGGACAAGUGAUUAUAUUGCUGACAAUGCCUCUGCGUUAUCAAUGUCCGAGGUGUGCCAGGUUGUACACCAUUUAAAACUGCAUGAUUAUGAAAACAUUACAUGUCUACUCGCACUGUCAAAGCAAUCAGCAAAGUUCGUGUCAACGUUCUCCGACAGAGAAUUAUCUCUCAUUUUGCAGACAUUGAAGCAUUUCCAGAUUUGUACUAUUCAUCUCCUGAAAGCGCUAGAAUAUGAGAUUCCUAGACGUAUGUGGAACACGAUAGAGUGCGAAACUCUGAUGAAUACUAUGCAGUAUUUUGGAAGUAGUAGAUUUCUCUCGCAACCGCUGUUUGACGAAGUUAGCAAGUACUUUGUGGAGUACGCUGAAAAAUUUACUACUCAUCAGAUUGCGCAAAUUCUUCUACCGUUUGGUCAAUUAUAUUACAUACCUAGCAAUGCCAGUGAAGUAUUUGAUAAAAUUGAAGAGACUUUUAAUUAUCGAUGGCAUGAUUUCCAGCCACUUGAUGUGUUAGAUUUAUUAUAUUCAUGUGUUUUACUGGCACGGCUACCGUUAAAUUUCACGCAUAAGAUGUUGAGUUCGCAUUUCCUUGAAAAAUUUGAGAAUUCUGUUGGAGUUGAUGUUGAGGUCAGAAGCAAACUAAGUCAAAUCGUCUUGGCGAUGUCGCUGGAACAAAAGUCGUAUCAUUUGCCGAAAUUACCGCACAAGUACAAAGUUAAAUAUUUACAUCAUACCAUGGAAAUAAGGCCAUAUUUUCUAGUACGUCAAUUGAAGGCUGGUUUAUGUGAACUACUGGGUGGAGAUGACAACUAUGAAUUCUGGGUACAGACACCAUACAUCUAUCAUAUUGAUAUACAAAUCAAAUUGGACAAAGAAGGCUUUGUGUUGAGUAAGGACACAGAGGACACUGCAGCUCAUUCAAUAAUUGCUAUCUGCCUAAAUGAGCUAGAUCAUCAUUGUUUGAAUUACCACCAUCUACUUGGCAUAGAGGUCAUCAAACAAAGACACCUUACACUGCUGGGAUAUCAAGUCAUCCAGAUUCCUUAUUAUGAAAUUCAAGGAAUGAAAUCUUCUAAACAAUGGCAUGAGUAUUUACACAAGAAGAUAUUUCCUCGGAGUCCCAGGCUGCAGUGGUAG